AUAACGCUCCUCAACUAUACCACCUUUUUUCCUCCACCAACCGAUUAUCAGACACUAUAGACAACUGUUAGAAAAAGACAAUUAAAUAGGCCAUAAAACCUUGUCAAAUUGUCCGAAUCCGACAUUUUUGCUUCCUUAAAAUUUACGUUUCGUUAUCAAGAAAAUCAUGUCAAAGGGCAGCUCGCAAAUUAUAACAUGCAAAGCUGCAGUGAUAUGGGGAAUUGGGGAGCCGAUGAAAUUGGAAGAAAUAAAAGUCGAGGCACCAAAAUCAUCAGAAGUUAGGGUUAAGAUGCUUUAUGCUAGUAUUUGCCACACUGAUAUUUCUAGGGUUCAUGGAUUUCCAUUGCCACUUUUCCCAAGAGUUUUAGGGCAUGAAGGUGUUGGAGUGGUGGAGAGCAUUGGAGACAAAGUAAAUGGUCUAAAAGAAGGAGACAUUGUGAUUCCAACUUAUAUUGCAGAGUGUCAAGAAUGUGAAAAUUGCAUAUCAUUAGAGACCAAUAUAUGCCUAAACUACCCAAUAAAUCGAACCGGUUUAAUGCAAGAUGGUACUUCAAGAAUGUCCAUUAGAGGCCAGAAAUUAUACCACUUGUUUACUUGCUCAACAUGGUCAGAAUACACGGUCAUCGAUUCUAAUUAUCUCGUCAAGAUUGAUCCAACCAUGCAUCUCCCACAUGCUAGUUUCAUGUCUUGCGGGUUUUCAACUGGUUUUGGAGCAGCUUGGAAAGAAGCUAGGGUUAAGCCGGGUUCAAUUGUGGCGGUUUUUGGCCUCGGUGCUGUAGGGCUAGGGGUUGUAGAAGGAGCUAAAAUGCAAGGAGCAAGUAUGAUUAUCGGUGUGGAUAAGAACGGGAAAAGAAGAGAGAAAGGAGAAGUUUUUGGAAUGACAGAAUUCAUAAACCCAGAUGAAUUUGAUGAUAAGCCUAUUUCAGAAGUUGUGAAAGAUUUGAGUGGUGGAGUUGGAGUUGAUUAUUGCUUCGAGUGCACCGGUGCUGCACCUUUAAUCAAUGAAGCCCUUAAAGCCACAAAAAUGGGGAAAGGAAAAGCGAUUGUGAUAGGCACAGGAAAUGAGAGCGUGAAGAUCGAAUUCCUGCCCUUACUUGCAGGCAGAACUCUAAAGGGGUGUGUUUUUGGAGGGCUCAAAUUGAAGCAAGACCUGCCUGUUUUACUUGAAAAAUGCAAAAACAAGGAAUUCCAUCUUGAUGAACUCUUGAGCUAUGAAGUUACCUUGCAAGACAUAGACAAGGCAUUUGAUCUACUGAAGCUACCAGAUUGUGUGAAGAUUCUUAUCAAGAUCUGAUUAUUUCAAUUUUAAUAAAUAGUAAUAAUGAUUGGCAAUUGUGCUUAUCAAGAUUUGAAGCAACAUUAUCCAACUAUGAGAUAAUUUGCCAUAAUCCAACAUAGUUUAUUAGACUCACUUAAAAGAAAAGGAAUAAAGAGUGGUAGCGUUCUUUAAA